GGUAACACCCCCCAAGGCUCUCUCUCUCUUCCAUCCAACUUCCCCAAAGAGGGAACUUUUCUUCUCACUGCCUCGAACACUGUUUCGGAGAUUAUCGACUCAGUGGUUGCGUUGAGUCGAUUCUUUGAAUUUGAUUAAAUUUUGUAUUUGAUUUAUUGAAUCAAAAUCAAACUAUAAAUAAUUACCGUAUUCGUUUCUAAAGUGAGAUUAUUAUUAUUUUAAAAUCUAACUUGUAAAAAAAUUUCAUGAAGUCGUCUCUGGACAAGUUUGGAAGCCAGAAAUGUUUCAGAAGAAGUUAAGGAUAUCUUAUUCCAUUCAUUUUUAAAGACAAAGUUUGACUGAAUGAAUAAGGAAAUCGGUUUCAACAAUUUGUUUUGAUUUUGAAAAUUCAGAGUAGGUGUGCUUAGAUGAUAAAAUGGCUAAAUAAUUUUAUAAACAUGGAGAAAACUGUUGCACGGAGCAGAAAGCUACUCGUGUGCAUAGCUUAGUCUGAAAACUUUCUGAGUAACGGCUGAAGUAACUAAUGAUACAUCGAAUUGAAUAAAUAGGGAUUUCGGAUGAAUUGGUGGUUUCGAUAAUGUGUGAAAAAGUAUAAAUGUUUUGAAUUUUCUUUUAUUUCUCGAUAUAUUUUCUCUUGAACUGUGCAGAAUAAUUCAUUUCACUAACUUUGUGUUCAAAAUAAGCAAAAUACUGCCAAUUUCAGGACUAAAGAAAGAACUAAUCAGUUACCACGUCAUAUUCAAGAUAUUUUCCUAAAGAUAACAACUUUUCAAGAGAAGGGUGUGCAUUUUAAAGAAAUCUGUCGGGGUGAGAUCCGGUGAGGAUGGAGAGAAAUGUGUUCUACCUUUUAGUCCCAACUGCUUGCCCAUAGAAUUUCAUCAAGAUAGGCCAAGAUUAAGUUCCCCCGAUCAGCUUUGUAUCCAAUGGUCACCGGGACGCCAUCUGAAGUUGAAUCGCAGAAUUGUUCAAAGUAUAAAGAUACUGAAAAUCGGAGCAAGAAGGUAUUAAAUUGACUUCUUUACGAAAAUGAUACCCGUUUCCUAUUUCAACUAAACAUUGAAGGUUUCAAAGGGUGAAAAACUCGUCGAUUUCAUGGAAAACAAUAUGCGUAGUAUGGUGGAAAAGAGGAAUUGUUCCCCCCAGACCAGAGGCCACUGCAAUUAUAGACACCUGAAGCGAAAGACUAUGCUCUACGAGUACCUGGCUUACAAGCGGAGAUAAGAACGAAUUCCUCCCACACCUUUUUCGUUAUCUAUGCUAACUUGUGGCGGCAAGGAAUGAUUCAUAAAAAUCCUCCCGGUUGAGUUUUCCUUAGACAAAUCCAGCCAAUAAUGGAAGACACGAACAGUAACGUUAGCAGCGGCGAUUCACUUUUGAUGAGCGGAAACGGCAGUUACAGUGCUUUUUCCAUCGAUUACGAACUCUUCCGCCAGGCCCUCAAUGGUUCGAGCGAGAACAGGACUGAUCAGAACUAUUCGUUCCCAUGGCAGAACGGAGACCGAUCUGUGGACGACUACUCCGCGGAGUGGGACGGGUCGGUGUAUCCCAGCGGUUACUCCCACCUGGGGAUCAUUCUGACGUCAUUCUUCGUGACGGUGAUCAUGAUCCUGAUCGUGGUGGGGAACAUGCUGGUUUGCAUCGCAAUCGCCACCGAGAAGGCGCUCAAGACGGUCCAGAACUGGUUCAUUGCCUCUCUGGCAGUGUCAGACUUCCUGGUUGGUCUGAUCAUCAUGCCGUUCUCGCUGGCCAAGGAAGUGAUGGGCUACUGGAUCUUCGGGCGCAUCUGGUGCGAAAUCCACUCAGCUCUGGAUGUCUUCCUGUGCACGGCCUCCAUCAAUAGCCUCUGCCUUAUCAGCCUGGACCGGUACUGGUCGGUCACGCACGCUGUUGAGUACCUCAGGAAGAGGACUCCUCGGCGGUCCCUGGCUAUGAUCUGCGGGGUCUGGGUGCUGUCUGCCAUUAUAUCCCUGCCACCUCUGGUUGGCUGGAAGAAACCGGAGAAGCCCUCCAACUACCCGGAGUGCUUGCUGAGCGACGACGUAGGAUACGUGUUGUAUUCGGCCUUCGGUUCCUUCUAUGUUCCCGCCUUCGUCAUGGUGUUCGUUUAUUGCAGGAUCUUCGUGGCAGCACGCUCCAGAGCACGCAGACACCUGAAAAAGAAACAGAAAGCGGCGUCAGUGGCGACAGAACUCACCAAUGACCCGAUCAAGGAUAAAUCCACGACAACGACCACGUGCACGAGCUUCAGCAAUGCCAGUCCUCCGGACAGAUCCAAGGACUUUGAGGCUUUUUCACCGAUCCCGGAGCUUCCCAAGAUACCGGAAAGCAACGGGACCAGGUCUGAAGUUAGUGCAUCUCCUGUUGUCUUCAUCGAAGCGCCCGAGAUUGUCAUCGAGAACUCUGAUGAAGGCCUAUCCAAGGAAGAUGAACAAGCCACGCCCACUGUCCGGCACAGUCCGGAGGUCGAGAGCCAAAGAGUCACCUUCAAAGAAGACAUUCUUUCGGAAACUAACAGUUUGUGCAAGUCUUCGUCGUCGAACAUUGACAAAAAGGACAACGAUGUCGCCUCUUCGGAAAAGAGACAUUUGUUCGUUAAAGAACCACAGGGGAGAAGGACAUCUUUGCUCAAAGCUCCCAAGUUCUUGAAGUCUCCUUUUGGGUCCACCUUAUCACUCGCUGAUUUAGGUAGGUCAGAAGAAGACGUCAGCGAAAUGGGGGAGGAAACGAAACCUGGUAAGAAAAAGAAAAAGAAAAAAGUCAAGACGCAGUUGGAGGAGAUUCCCAAAAGACAACCCACCACAGAAGCCGAAAGGCAAAAACGUAGAAUAGCAAAGGCCAAGGAGCGACGUGCUACUCUCAUACUGGGACUCAUAAUGGCUUCCUUCAUACUUGCAUGGUUACCUUUCUUUGUGUUGUAUGUGCUAGAAGCACUGUGCAAAGCUUGUGACAUUGGCCCUACAGGAUUUGCAGUAGCAUUCUGGUUAGGCUACUGCAAUUCAGCAUUGAAUCCCAUUAUUUACACUAUUUUCAAUAGGGACUUUCGGAAAGCUUUCAGGAAGAUACUGUUCAAGUGAACCAUUCAUGUUGAAUAAGCGCAAUUUCCCAAUGUGUUCUGAACUCUUUAAGGUAGCGUCAAAAUAAAUAUGAACAAAAUGGCUGAAAUGCUAU